AUGGCACCUGCAGCAGCUCCGGAGGCUGCUUUUAAGAAAGACGAGAAGGUCUUUUGUUUUCAUCAUGAGUUGCUGUACGAGGCCAAGAUACUUGAAGCGCGACCAGUAGAGGAAGACAAAAAGAACGGCUUCGAAUAUAGGGUGCACUACAAGGGCUGGAAGAACACCUGGGACGACUGGGUUCCUGAAGACCGGCUUCGCAAGCUGUCUCCCGAGAACCGGGAGUUGGCCAACAACCUCAGGCACGAGAUGCUGGCUGCCCAACGUGCCGCAAGAGCCCAACCCGCACCUGCGAAGAAGAAGGCGCAAGGUUCGGCACGUGGUAGCGAAGAGCGCCAAACUUCCGUCACUGCUGCACCGCGUGGUCAGAAGAGGGUGCGUGACAACGACCUAGAGAAGGAAGAAGCGUUCCAGAACAAGCUGGCUGUGAGGAUUUACAUGCCAGACAGGCUGAAGAGCCUCCUAGUCGACGAUUGGGAGAACAUCACCAAGAACUUGCAGCUAGUACAGCUGCCUUCAGCUUACCCUGCAGGCGUCAUACUAGAUGAGUACAUGAAGCAUGUCAACGACAACAGCAACCGCACUAGUAUCGAGCGCGACAUUCUCGAGGAAGUUAUAGCAGGACUAAAAGAGUACUUCAAUAAAAGUGUCGGCCGCCUUCUUCUGUACCGCUUCGAGCGAGAGCAGUUUUACGAGAUUUGGUCGCGCAUUCAACAACCGACUGAUGAACUUGCGGGAAAGCCGCUGGCUGACAUCUAUGGCGGCGAGCACCUUUUGCGUCUUCUAGUCACCAUGCCCGAGCUCAUCGCGCAGACCAACAUGGACCACCAGGCUGUCACGCGCUUGCGCGAGGAGCUCAGCCAGAUGACGACCUGGCUCUCCAAGGAAGCUCAGAUCAACACAUUCUUUGUACCUACCUACGAGAGCCCAGGGCAGGCCUAUAUCGACAAGGUCAAGUCCAGCUCGUAG